AUGUGCCACUACGAGGUGACAACCUUGGCCAAGAACAACCCGCAUGUUAAGGAUGAGGAGGUGAGGGCUUUUAUGGGGAGGUAUAUGGACAAUGUCUCCUCGGCAAGGCUCCUCAAAGACUCGCUAGGGUUCUGGAAUGGGAGGAGAAGCUUCCAGGCUCUGUUGAGGGAAGACCCAAAGGGCCUGGGAGGUUACCUUCAUCCUCCAGCCCUGUUCUCCCUGGGGGCUGACAGGGGGACAUUGUUUUAUGCCCGUCAGCCCCCUUUCUGCAGACGAUGCAUGGCCUAUGGCCAUAAUUUAGCCUCAUGUGGGGCGAAGAAAUGCAGGGUGUGUGGGUCUGAGGCACACGAGGCGAGGGACUGUGACGAGUCGAAGAAGUGCCACGGGUGUGGAUCGUCAGCACACCUGUGGAGGGAGUGUACGGCUCAUCACAAGUCGUAUGCAGCUGCAACUGGUGGGGGAGCAGGGGCAGGAGCGGGGGAAGGAGGAGGAAGAGGAGGAGGAGUUCCAGACCCAAGCACAGGGCCAGAGGCAAUACCAUCAAUGACGGAGGAGGAGCCGAGAACAGCAGCGGGAGGAGAGGGGGACUGCCGUAGCAGUUCAGGAAGGAGAGGUGGUGCCGGAGACGGAGACAGAGGGAGGUGUGGGAGAGGAGGUCGGGGAGAAGCCAACCACAGCCCUGGGAGGAGAGGAGAAGGGGGGAGAGGGGGGGCCGGAGUGGGGGGAAAGUGAGAUGUUGAGUGCCCAGGGGGAUGAAGAAUCUCCUGUGUCCUCGCGCUUGUUAUCUGUGUUUUUUUUCGGAUCACGACGGGGUGCUGCUGCAGGUGCGGGCACCAGUCUGCCUCUUCGGUAGGGGGUAGUGGAAGUUAGAACGGGAGGUACUGGAUGAGCAGGCUUUCGUUAAUGGUUUUGUUGAUUUCUUUAGGGGGCUUGAGGGCCUCCGGUCCAUGUGUGAGGGGGUGUUAGAGUGGUGGGAAAUAGCAAAGGUGAGGAUGAGGGUUUUUAUAAUAGGAUAUUGUAAGAAGAAAAAGAGGGAGGAAAGGAGGGAGGUGGAUCAAAUCCAAAGGCUGCUCCAACUCGAGCUCGAGGCAGGCAACCUCGGCGGGUCGGUAGACUGGGAGAGAUCCUCUGCCCUAAAGGCGCAACUUAGGGAGGUGCAUGAGCGGAAGGCUUGCGCUUUUCUGGAGCGUGCGCAUAAUGGGUUUUUAGAACACGGCGAGACUUGUUCCGCCGUGUUCUUUACUCAGUUAGGGGAAGACAGAGUAGGAAGUAAAGAUACAGGGUUAGGGAAGAAAACGGUAGAGUAGUGAGAGAAACUGAGGAAAUGGUCAAGGUGACCACGGAACAUUUCCAAGGUUUUUUUCAAGAAAGGGCAGUAGAUGUAGAGCAGGGAAACGUGUUUUUAGAAUACCUGUCCCGGCGAGUGCCAGAGGACAUUAGAGAAGUGAUGGAGGCUCAGAUCUCCCUCGAAGAGGUUGAGAGCGCCCUCAGGAGGAUGGGAAAAGGGAAGGUGCCCGGGAUGGAUGGGCUGCCGGCAGAGUUUUACCUGAAGUUUUGGGGGAAACUUUGUCCGGUAGUCCUUGAAGUCUUGAAGGCCAUCCUCGAGACGGGGUCCCGGGGGUAUCGAUGGCCGUAG